CAAGAGGAGACAUUUGGGCCGGAAGCUGCUGAGCCAGAAACCAGGGCUGCGGCUGCAAGAAAGUUGAGUGUUUGCUGUGAGAAGAACAAAUCAACACCACCUUUAACCAUUAACAUCAUGGCAGCAGAGCUCCUCCAGGCCACUGGGGGCAGAAUGGAGCAGAUGGAACAGCAGAUGAGGCAGGUCUCCACCUCCUCCACAAGCUCCACCAAGCUGUGGAGAGUGUCCCAGGGCUUGUCAAGGAACAUGGAAGAGCAAUCUGGAGUUCAGCGUAAGACAUCAGCUGUGGUGGAGACCUUCAGCCAGGUACAGAAAUCCCCACAGAUCCCCGAGGGAGAGUCUGUCCCAGAUUUCGAGGAAAAGCUGCGCCCCGUCUCGGCCCAAGAGGGCGGUGAUGCCGUGUUCAAGGCCAAGGUGAGUGGGAACCCUCAGCCCACUGUCCUGUGGGAGCGAGCCGCUGGGCGCCCACUGCCUGCUGCAGCCAAAUCUUUGUGCGACAACAUCAACAGUCAGCAUACACUCAAGAUCAAAAGCUUGGCACAGGAGGAUGCCGAUGUCUACAAGUGCAUCGCUUCCAACAAGCACGGAGAGGCCACAUACUCCGUCUCCCUCAUUGUGACAGAAAAUCCAGCGAUGGACUUCAAAAAGAAGCUGAAGAAACGCAGCGUGGAGAGAAGAGAGGAGAAGAAGAAACCACCUACAGAGGAGGAGAUGUUAAAGAUCCUGUCUGGAGCUGACAAGAAGGACUACGAGAGGAUCUGUGCCGAGUACGGCUUCACCGACUUCAGAGGCAUUCUGAAGAAGCUGAAGGAGAUGAAGAAGAAAGUGGAGGUGGAGAUUGUGCACGUGUUGAAGCCCCUGGAGGACGUCACUGCCAAUGCUGACACCAACGUCGUCUUCGAUACCAUCUUGGAACUGAAGGAUCCGAACAUCCGGAUGCAGUGGUUUCUGGGCACAGAGCUGCUGCGGAUCCAGCACUCUCAUGGGAAAUACGAGGUGAAACAGAUGGGAACCAAACACAUGCUGUGCAUUUCUAGUGUGAGCCUCAGUGACAUGGGAACCUACACUCUGCAGGUUGGAGACAAAAGACUGUCAGCCAGGCUUAAAGUCAUAGAUGAACCCCUGAAAUUUCUAUCUGAAUUCAAGCCAAAGAAAGUAACAGAGCGCCAGACUGCCGUGUUUGAGGUCCGUCUCUCUAAGAAGACAGACGCGCCGCUCAUCUGGAAGGUAAAGGGAAAGGAAGUGAGAAGAGAUGAGAAGUUUGAGGUGUCCCUGUCUGAAGAUGGCCUGACGUACACCUUGAAGAUUAAGGACGUUAAAGUCAGCGACACCGGGGACUACACCAUCAGCAUUGGAGACCUCACUGCGACUGUGCCACUUUUCAUUGAGCGGAUUCCCAUCACGUUUACCAGCAACCUGAAGAACGUGCGCGUGCAGGAGAGAGGAAAGGCCCACCUCGAGUGUGAGAUGAGCUCCAAGGACGUGCACAUCCGCUGGCUGAAGAAUGGCUGCGAUAUCACAGCGAGUCGUCGCUACAUCUUCGUGCGCGAGGGAAAGAGGGCAGAGGUCAUUAUCGAGGACUGCGAGCUGGCAGACGGGGGAGAAUACUCCGCCGUCUGCACUCAGGACAACGACACUCACGAAUAUGUCACUUGUGCCAAUCUAACCGUGGAUGAACGUUUUGCAUCAGUGAAGAGCGGUUUGUCAGACGCUCAGUGUCCCACAGGCUCUCCAGCUGAGCUGUGUGUGGUACUCGAUGAUGAGAAGGUGGAUGGAGUGUGGCUGAAGGAUGGAGUGGAGAUUUCAGAGCUGAAGGGGGUUCAGGUGGUCAAACAGGGAGCCGUCCAUAAGCUAAUCUUCUCUGGUGUGACUCAUUCUCAUGAGGGCAAAUAUACAUUCAGAGCCAAGGGAGCUGAGAGUGAGGCUGUGCUCACUAUUGCAGACGCUCCACAGAUUGAUGCGUCCGUGUUGGACCUGUUGGGCGCCCGGCCUGUGACCGUUAAGGCUGGGCAGACCGCUGCCAUUAAGAUUCCCUUCAAAGGGAAACCGCUGCCCAAGGUCACCUGGUACAAAGACGGGGUUGAAGUCCAGGAGGAUGAAAGAACCAAGGUGGAGAGGACAGCUGACUGCACCUCCCUGGUGCUCAGCAGAUGUGUGCGAGAGGACAGUGGUGCAAUUAUGCUGCGCCUGAAGAGUGACUGUGGCACCGCUGUUGCUAACCUGUAUCUGAAUGUGAUUGACCAUCCAAAGUCUCCUCAGGGGAAAGUGGAGUUCUCCGAGCUAUCAGGAAAGUGUAUCAAAAUGAAGUGGAAGGCCCCCCGGGAUAAUGGAGGGAAGCAGCUGACCAGCUUUGUGAUCGAGCGGCGGGCGGCGGGUAAGAAGUCCUGGACCAGGGCGGGUGAGGUUGACAGCAGCAGCACCGUCUUCAGUGAUGACAAAGUGCAGGAGGGCCAGGUGUACCAGUACCGCAUCAGAGCUGUCAAUGCAGAGGGAAUGAGCGAACCUCUGGAGACAGAAGAGGUGCGUGCUGGAGAGCCUGUAGGUGAGACUUCAUUUACAUCAAAAUCACCUCUCGGAACAGCCGUGAAGCCUCCAGGCACAGCAUCCCAGCCCCAAGUGUCUAACGUAACAAAGAACACCAUGACAGUGAGUUGGAUUCCUCCAGCCUGUGAUGGAGGAGCCCCAGUUCUGGGCUACAUUCUGGAAAGGAAGAAGAAAGGCAGCAAUAUGUGGCUGCAGGUCAAUAAGGAGCUGCUAACAGGUACAAAAUUCACGGUGGAUGGACUGGUGGAUGAUGUAGAGUAUGAAUUCAGAGUCACCAGUGUGAACAGAGCUGGCGCCGGCUCUCCCAGCACCGUCUCUAAUGCUGUUCUCGCCAAAGACCCGAUACGUGCUCCUGGCCUGGUGAGGAACCUGUGUGUGACUGACUCCACAAACUCCUGCAUCUCUCUGCGGUGGACACCUCCUGAGGAAGGAGACCAACCCUCAGGCUACAUCCUAGAGGUGCGUCCUGAAGAUGCUAAGGAUUGGACGAAAUCCACUAAAAUCCCGAUAGCUGGCACUGCCUUCACCGUUGGAGGACUUCAGGAGCGGAUGAAGUACCACUUUCGUAUCCGAGCUGUCAAUGAAGGAGGGCUAGGGGAGACCAUUGAGUUGCAGGAAGGCGUCCUGGCUAUGCCUCCACCUGUGGCACCCAGGUUCGAUCUCCAAGGAAAGCUAAAGAACCAGAUGGUGUUACGCGCCGGAGCAACACUUUGUCUGCACCUCAGCUUCACUGCGUCACCUCCCCCAGUCAUUACCUGGUUUAAAGAUGGCAUCCUCACUACAGGAAGAGAAGUCAUUACCAAGAGCAAGACCAACUCCCAGUUCCUUAUUUCCUCGUCUCAGCGAUCUGACUCUGGUGUCUACCGUGUUCACCUGAAGAACGACAAUGGAGAGGCUCACUAUAAUGUCAAUGUGAGGAUUACAGACUUCCCUCGACCCCCCCAAAACCUGCGUCUGUUAGAGGAGGUCCCGGGCACGGUGACCCUGCAGUGGGAUCACUCUCCUGACUUAAUCGACAACAGUGAUGGAGCCCAUUACAUUAUUCUCAAACGAGACACCAGCACUGCCUCCUGGUUCACUGUGGCCGAGCGGGUCUUCAGCAGCAGGUACACAGUCACUGGACUGCUUCCUGGGAGGAAGUACUACUUCAGGGUCAUUGCACAAAACUCUAUCGGGGACAGCGACCCACUGGAUUCAAAGGAACCCGUCAUCAUUGCAAAGGAAACGGAGUGCAUCAGCAGCUUGCGGUUGAAAGAACAUACCUCACCAGCACGCAAAGUGAAGCCAACUUUCCUGUUGCCUCUCAAAGACCAUGCUGUUCGCAGAGGCCAUGACUGCACUAUGAGCUGUGCCUAUCAGGGCCUGCCAACUCCACAGGCCUGCUGGUAUAAAGGAGAAUCGAAGAUCUCUGACUCCUCCCGGUUCUGGCACAGCACAGCUAACGGAGUUUGCACCCUGGUCAUCCCCACCUGUGGAGCUACAGAUGGUGGAGAAUACACACUAGUGCUGGAGAACUCUUUGGGGACGGCCAAGUGCUCCUGCAGCCUUGUGAUCUUUGAUAAGGAUGACAAGUCUCUGUUGGAGAGCCUGACCAACCAGGCAAACAAAGAGAAGCUUAUUUUGUAAGAAGUCUCCAUAAAGCGCUGCCGUCACACACACAUUUUGAUUGCUUGUCUGACAUUUUAGCUGCAUGACACCGACAACAACUUUGUUUUGUGACAUCACGGAAAAUGUUGAUUGACAUCAUGUUUUUACCCUUUAUUUCCCAUGGCUCAGUCAUUGCAUAAAGUGACCACUAGAGGUCAGACUUGUUCCCAUUCAUUCAAUGGGAAUCUACUUGAGAGGCAGAUUAAUGUUUGGCGUGCUGGGGGGGAUUUUCCCUCAUUACUGAGAUUAGUCAGCCAGUGAAAUUGUACUUUCUCUCGCUUGAGGAAUUUGACUUAAGUCUUUUCUCCCCUUCUUUCCAACUUGAUCUGUUUCACAAUCUUUUCUGUGCAAGCCCACGUGCCAGUCAAGUAGAAUGGUUAGAGAGUGAUUCCACAUAGCAUUAAAAACUAAAUCUACAACCAAUUACACAAUUUGUCGACAUGUGUGUCACUUAUCCACAUAAUGAACGUGUUUAUUUUGUAAUUACAAUGUUCGGUGAUUUUAAAGUACCUCAAAAUGUAUCACAAACAAAGAAAGAAAUCAUUUAAGUACAGUUUCAAAAUAUCAGUGCAACACAUUUUCUUCUUUUAUGCAGUAGAAUCGUAUAUACAUUAUUGGAUUUAAAAUUAAACAAUGGUGCUCACUCCAAGACAAACAAAAUCAGAAACUCUUCUUUCUUGAAGCAGAACAAACAAGACAAAACUUGACACUAGCGCUAACUCAGCAAAAGGUGACCCAUUCUUGGACUCUGCCGUGUUCUCUGGAAGCAUAAACGACACACUGGGACACUAUAUAGGGAAGAGGGAAUCAAGGGCAGGUGCGAGUGAUUACUUAAGGAUCACCAGGUGAAGUGCAUGAGGGAAUUAGGGGAGAUGUGUCAAGACAGAUGAAGGAACAACGCGACAGGAAGACAUGAACGUUUACCGAAAUAAAAGGAAGUGAAAAUCAAACCCAACACCAAAAGUGAUAUGAACUUAAAGUGGCUUUAAACAUAAACUGACUAAACAAGACCAAAACACUAAGAGAUCUGACGCCUCGUGACACAUCCACAUCAGAGGAACUGUGUAGAAGAACUGAUCAUUUUUAAGACAAGACAAAAUGAUUGCACAAGUUCAUACAUCAUUUUAAAUGUGAUAUAACAUAAUAUUAGAUGUAAUAUAUGGAAAGUAUCAUAGAUUUUAAUGUUAUACUUAAUAUUUGGUUGGAAAUCCACUUUUCAGCUCAUAGAUGUCACAAGACAUGUUGUUAUUUUCCUAAAGGGACGAUAUGUAUGAGAGAGCUGUGAGUCUAAUACUAUGUAUCCAGUGUGGUUUAAACACACAUUUUUAUUUCAAACCUCGACUCUGAAAGUCCAUUGUCACAUCACAGUGAUUGUUCAUUUCAAAUCCAAACGUGCACAAACAAAACAAAGAGUGAUUUAAAAGCAUCGGUAUGAGCCGAGUGUUCUGCUACUUCUUAAGAGAGAGUGAGUGUGGCCCUGUUAGGUGCUGCCAAACAGACAGAGAGGUGACAACCCCACUUUAUCCUGACGUCACCAUCCUGGCUCCUGCAUAACUCCAUUCACAAAGUGACACCAAGGGACUGGCAGUGCUUUAAUGCCAGGUUCAAAUCAAUAAAACACCAACAGGCUCCAAACCAACGUCACUGGUACCUUCCUCCUCUCCACUGCUCAGCUACAGCACAAUAAGGUGGAAGUGCUUUGCAGUGACAGCCUGAAUAGUCAAAUUACGCAUUUGACAGAAACAAAAGGCUGCUGCACCAAUGGGAAAGUGAAUAAUGUUCUUGAUAUUUUUGAUACAAGCCAUUUAUAUUAUUAUCAUUGUUGUUAUUAUAAUACGUAUGAGAUACAGGAUGAAAAUCGGAGUUUUUAGUCGUUACUGAGAUGCAUCAUUUUCAGAGAAGACUUCAUAGACUUCUUUGAUGGUAAGACCAUGGCAGCAAGUGAAUGAAAUGAAUUGGGAGAGAACUGGCACAGACACAGGAAUAAACUUGUGAUCAGUGUGUGUGUGUGUGUGUGUGUGUGUGUGUCUAAUAAAGCAGAAAACCUGAGAAAACGGAAGAGUCCAGCCUGAAUGAGUUUCCACAGGACUGUGGGCUGUUGAAAGUCAGACAAUAGAGUGCAGCAGUUACUAGAACAGAACUGUCUGUUGUCCUCCAGCUCUUUCUGCCUUAAUGGCACUUCAGCUUCUGUAGCAACACAAAACACCGGUUAUAAAUAUCUGCUGACAUU